GGUUUGAGGAGGGGAUUAACGCAAUGAUUUGGACCGCUUGAAGCGCAAUGGAGGUUUAAUGAGGAUUUUUAUAAAUUCCGGCUUUUAUUUAUUCACAACUUUUAGCUAGUUAAGGUACAGAAGUUUUUGUAACUGUCGACGUCUUUUAUAUUCAGUUGGAGCCAAAAAGAAGCCUCGACGACUUUUCUCAAAGUGUUUCUUCGUGUGGUUUUGGGGAAGGAAAUAGUCCAGAGGCUAAAGCUAUGUAGCAAGCUAAUCUCAUACAUUUGCUAGUGACCUGCUAAUCAAUUUAGACGCUAUUAAAGUUUGCAGGCAUGACGGAGUACAAGCUUGUUGUGGUGGGUGCAGGAGGCGUGGGCAAGAGUGCUCUAACCAUCCAACUCAUCCAGAACCACUUUGUGGACGAAUAUGAUCCAACCAUUGAGGACUCCUACAGGAAGCAGGUGGUGAUCGACGGAGAGACGUGUCUGUUGGACAUCCUGGACACGGCAGGUCAGGAGGAGUACAGCGCCAUGAGGGACCAGUACAUGAGGACGGGGGAGGGCUUCCUCUGCGUGUACGCCAUCAACAACACCAAAUCCUUUGAAGAUGUUCACCUCUAUAGAGAGCAGAUCAACAGGGUGAAGGACAGCGACAGUGUCCCCAUGGUGCUGGUGGGCAACAAGAGCGACCUGAGCUCGCGCUCGGUGGAGACGCGACAAGCGCAGGAACUGGCCCGAAGUUACGGCGUGCCCUUUGUGGAGACCUCAGCCAAAACCAGACAGGGCGUGGAGGAAGCGUUCUACUCACUAGUACGGGAGAUCAGAAGAUACAAGGAGACCAACCGCAGCAACAAGAAGAGCAAGAAGAACACUCAGAGACGUUGUAUGAUACUAUAGCAGCACACGCAUACACACACACACACACACACACACACACACACACAAACCAAGCCCCUCCCUUAUGUCAGGUAGGUAACACCACCUCCAAUGUAUUUGUCCAUUUAAUGUGAACUUUUAUUUUUUUUUGAAGACCACUUUUCUUGUAACUAGCAGCAUUCGAUUAUUAUUUUUUAUUUUGGCAAAAAAACAAAAACAUUUGUUGCUACAGUAAGUGGCGUGUUGCCGCACUUUGCACUGAUGACUCAUUCAGACUAAAUGGUAAAAGGCUG